CAGUUGCCAUUCACCACGAAUAACAGUUACGUUUCUUUGCCGAUUGUAAAUAAGUCUGCGGGAAAUGUUAUAACUAUGCUGCGCAACGGCCAGAAUCAAGCGCAAUUGCUGGCCCGGAGCCUUGGACAGCUGGCGCGGGGAAUGGCCAGUUCGAAACGGGUCAGCAGUAAGAAGCAGGAUCUGAAGCCGAAACUGCCAAAGCCACCGACAGUCGAGAUGCCGAUGGAAGAGCCACUGAAUGCGAACUAUUUGUCCAAAACUCUGGGCAGUUCAUAUCGGGUUUGGGCGGCAGCCUUAGAGAAGCACCCAGAGCUCAAGACGUUGAAGCGCAAGGACUUGCUAAACUCCUACGACACUUUGAAAUCACUGGACUAUAGUGUGGACGACAUCAUAGCGAAGCCCAUGAUCAUCUAUUAUGGUGCGACCACUUUGGCCAAUCGCCACAGCGUCUUGCAGGAGUGCGGCUUCCACAACGUGACUGUCCAAACGCUGGCCAAGUAUGUGACCGUGGUCAACAAGCCGAUAGAAGUCCUGAAGUCACAUAGUUACAUCCCCUUCGAUUUGAAGGUGGCGGAGCGUCUGGCGGGAUAUUUUAAGAACAUCAAGCUGCCGGUGGAUUUACGGGAGCUGGAGAGUGAGACACUCACACUGAAGAGCUUGAGACAAUCUCUGCUCAACGCUUACCUGCGUGAACGUCUCCAGAUGGACGACAACGAUCUACAGAAGUUGUGGCGCGUUUACACGCGCAUCCGCCACAAGAGUUUUCGAGCGGUGCAGGACACCAUUGAACUGCUGACCAAAGAGUUUCAUUUUCCCAUCGAGCGGCUAAGGAAGAACAGCUUCCUGCUCUAUUCGGAAGCUGAUAACGUGCGGCGCAUCCUGCGAGAGGUACCUACCAUUGACUCGCAGGACAUACGCGAAAUCGGCUUUCGCAGACCCAAGAUUUUGAUGUCCACGUGCGAUAGCUUGAAGCAAACGCUGCAGCACGUCCACGCUUUCGGCAUCAGUGAGGAUGCCGUUCUCCGCUGCCUGGAGGUGCUCACCCUUGGACCGGAUACGGUUCUGGAGCGACUAAGGGAUCUGCAGGAGAUAGAGGAGUUUCAAGUCUUGGGUACCAAUCCGCGUGUCCUAAGACUGGUGCACUACCAGAACAAGGCGCGACUGCGUCUGGAUUAUCUCAAUCAACUGCGGGUUCGGUGCGCCUCCUUGCACAUCCUUUCUUGCGGGUCCGAGGCUUUCGCUAAAUUUGCCAGAGAUGGCUCGGAUCGUACUAAAGGCCGCGAUAUAGUCGUCUACUUGGGUAAUGUUUUGGGGAAGGACGUGCAAGUGCUGCGCAAUCUUCUCUCUCGCCAUCCCAACUGGUGCCAUAUACCUUUGCUGCACGUAAAGCAGUGUCUGGAGUACUUACGCAGUAAAAAGUUUAAACUUAGUGAGAUAUUUGCGAAUAUACACUUGCUGCUUUAUCCCAUCAAACGCAUUGAAGAAAAAAUGCUUCUUUUGCAAUCACCCGAUGCGCAAGAAGAUCUGCAAUUGCCAGUGACGAAUUUCGAUUCGUUAAGCAACAACGAGAUCCUGACUCUCAUUCUCUACCUAAUCGAAUCGGAGUUCCACUUCACGGGCGACGGCAUCUGGACGGAGCAGCAUACACAUCACGUGGAGAACUUCAACAAUCUACUGCCCGACUUUCCGGAAAGUCUCAAUAAGGUCUACAAGUACGGCGUAAAGCCUGCAGAUAAAAUGAUUAUGGAGCGCUUGUAGGAGCCUCCAAAAUAAUUGUAAAUAGCUUGUUAUUAAAUUUGGAAACUAUACUGAAACCCAA